UAGAUAAGUUCACUUCCUAUCACAUUGUUUUGCAAGCAAACAAAUUCUAAAAGUGAUGCCUUGUGAGAUAUUGAUCGUUUUUAUACACAUAUAAAAGGAUUUAUUCAGACGGAAUCAGACAUGUGAAAGCUGUUUAGCCAUGAGAAGUCUAUGCUGACUUCAUCCCUACAGUGUGAGGAUUUUAUGGUUGGCACCGAGUUGCUGCCAUGUCCCUACAGGACCGAGUAGCGCGGAUAUACUACACCCAUGGGUUGUUCUGUGCCAGUCACCCCUACUCCAUUCUCUGUCUGGUCAUCAGCCUCAUGCUGGUCACGUUCUUGCCGUUGCUCUAUGUUCCGUUACCAGGAAAUGUACCUGUGGAACAUAUUGUGCCCCUCAGGGAAGAUAUGUCACCAACAGAUUCAGUCUCUCCUAACCUCAAAGACAGCAACAAUGAGGGCGAGCUAAAACCUAGAUGGCUGAAGGGACCACCAGUGGGCUAUGUACAGCAGAUAACAGUCCGGGCAGCAGUGUAUCCGUGGUCCUCCAAUUUUCUUGCUCCCAUGGAUGCUUUCCGCACGCCGCUAAGCAAGGUGUUUGAUGUCAUACAACAGCUAGAAAACUUCAAGUUCUCUGACAAUGGGAAAGAUGUGUCCGUGGCUGAUGUGUGUCUACGUGUAUCGGAGACAGUGAGAAGUAAACAGGUGAAGGGAAUACUUCCCGAGUACGCCUGUCUGGAGGUGUCACCUGCUAACUUCUGGGGACGUAACAGGGAAAGAUUUAUAUCUGAUGGGGAUAUCCUCAGAACCAUCUUUCAGAAACGUGGCCAAACACUUGACACCUCUCCGUACCUCCGAGAUAUUUUACUGGGAGUACCCUACAAAAACUCUGGUGUGUCACGAUAUUUCAUCAGGAACCUACAGAGAACAAUCUCAUUUGCUGUCACUAUUGUAUUGAAGAAAAAUGAUCAAAAAUUUAUUGAUGCUUUGAAGAACAAACUGGUACUAGCCUUUCCAGACACUCUAAAGAAUGUUAACAACACAGAACCAGAACAGCUAGUACAUGUACAUUACAAGGAGAACCGGAUCCUCCUCGAGUACAAGCCCCUCAUUCUCACCUACGUAGCACUGGCCAUGUAUCUCUACUUCUCCGUCCGAAAGAUAGAGAUGGUGAAGUCCAAGUGGGGUCUGGCUGUCAGUGCUGUAGUGACCAUCGUGUCAUCACUCCUGAGUUCUGUGAGCAUCUGUACCGUGUUUGGAUUAACACCCACACUCAACGGAGGCGAGAUCUUCCCCUACCUUGUGGUACUGAUUGGUGUGGAGAAUGUGAUGGUCAUCACUAAAUCUGUUGUGUCCACUCCUGUCAACCUAGAGGUCAAGCAUAGGAUAGCUCAAGGUAUCAGCAAAGAGGGCUGGUCCAUCACUAAAAACCUGGCUACAGAACUCAUGAUCAUUAUUUGUGGCUUUUUCACAUUUGUGCCAGAAAUACAGGAGUUUGCGUUGUUUGCCAUGGUGGGUCUCCUCACAGACUUCUUCCUCCAGAUCGUUUUCUUUGUGACAGUGUUAUCAGUGGACAUCAGGAGGAUGGAGCUGUCUGACCUGAACAAACAGCCUCUGAUCUCGACCGUCGGUUCAGCUGGGGAGAACAAGCAGUAUGAACCACUGAUCAGGUGUCCUGUCAAGGCUUACAUUGGUGACUCAAGGAAUCUGCACAUACAGAAGUCACCUACGACACCGUCGACCCAGGGCGCUCCCAGGUCACCUCCCAUCACUCCCAGGGAAAUUGACCAGUUCUUUGAAAACGCAGCAAUCAACAUUCAGUCACGUCGCCUCAGACUUCUGUACUUCUGGGCGAGUACCCGCAUGGUACAGAGGAUGAUCAUGGUAUGUACAGUGAUUUGGAUCUCACUCAUUGUCUAUAAGUCUGGUCUGGUUGAACAUCUCACCAACUCCACAUCAAAAAUUAAUCUGACAUCAAGUUCAUUUGAAAAUCUGGAUAAAGGGCAGUUAGCAAGUCAACAAAAUUCGCAACAAAAUGGCCACCAAAAGGAGGAUGCUGGGAUUGGGUGGUCAUGGAGACCAGGAGAGGAGGAGGAUCCACGUCCAGUGGAGCACACACAGUUUGACAUGUGGAGACAGUUAAACUACAAACACUGGCCAACACUGUUUGCCUACUACAACAUCACUUUGUAUGGGAAAUUCAUCAGCAUCUUACCCACAAUUCACCUGUCAAUGAUAGUCGACCCACAGGAAGCCAUUGACAUGCGUCACCCAUCAGAACAGGAUGGCAGUCCAUCCAAACCAGUCAUUCCACAGUUUGAUAAAUCUCAAGAAUCCUCAUCUUUACCUGUAGACAAAAGUGAAGUUCCAGACUUAAAUGAUCUAUCGGCAUGGUACUUACACAAUUACGAUGCUGAACACAUCAAACAACUUUAUCCUAAAUCUUACCGGGAGGUGAUCAUCACAGUCUUCAUCAUCAUUCUCGGCUUCAUCUGCAUCAGUUACUUCAUUGCAGCAUGUUACCACAAAUUGUGUCCCCGUGACUAUGGACGGCGCAAGUCUAAGAGCAAGCAGAGGAGGAAGGGCAUGUAUUACAAACAGAUUAAGGAGUCUGUCCCCAAGGUUCUACAGGGCCAUGUACAGGAGAUAGAGUGUGUUGUGACCGAUGGCCAUUUCAUCAUCAGUUCCUGUUUGGGCGGUCAGAUCCGUGUUUGGGACUCUGUGUCUGGCGACUGUCUGAUGUCAAUUAUUAGAAAAAGUACUACACCACCUGUGAAGAGAAAGCCUUGUGUUGGUCGAAACAUUGAAGACAGCGAUGCUGAUCUAUAUGAUGAAUACCAUGGUGACAGCAGCACACUUUCAAUGGAUACAUCUCUCCAUCAGCAGGAGGCAAGAUAUGACCCUGACCAAGGACUUAGUGGAGGUCCCCGUCAUCGUAGUCAUAGCAACACCAAACCACCCGGUGAUGCAUGUCGCAGGAAUAUUUUCAAUUUUGAGCCUGAUUUGAACAGUACCAUAGACACAAACUUUACAGCUUUAAGUUCAACAGGAAGUAGAAACAAACACUCCACCUUGUGUAAGGGGGAUAACUCAAAUUUAAAUGUAAGCAGUCCUGGUGGUGUUUCAUCUAUAGCUUCCCCUGGAAGUGUCAGCAGCUUAUCCCCAAUGUCCUCCGGGGGUGACACUAUUGCUUGUUCGCCCUCUCCUGGGGGUGGGGGGCCUAGUCUGAGUGGAACUACUCGUGCCUAUGACUUCAGCAGUAAGUUUGACCAUAUCUACCGGGAUCACAGACAGCUGGUGAUGGAGAGUCAGGCAGGGAUGAUGGUCAACAAUCCACAGAUGUGGGAGGAUAACCGUGCACGUAGCUGGAGUGCAGGUGACCUGCCCAUCACUCUACAACAUGAUGCUAGUCUGUUUGACACUGGUUUCCAGGACAACCAGGCGCCUUCUGUGUGGUGUAUGACCUGUAGGGAUGGACUCAUUAUCGCUGGCUGUGGCAAUGGACGAAUAGAGUUUUGGGACGGAGGGUCAGGAACACUCAAGUGUCUCUAUGGUGACAGCAAAGAGGGUGUGACAGCACUCUGUUUCAUCAGACAUCGGGUGGUAGCUGCACGACUCGAUGGCACCAUUGACUUCCUGGAAAUGGAAACAUUCCAGAACCCAGUCCAGCCACCUCAUGUUCCUCCUACAGGCAGCCCAGCCAAGGGACAUGUCCGCAAUUACAGCCAGUCCCAUAUCAAUCAUCCCAGUCCCACCAAGAAACCAGGACAUGUCCGUAACCAUAGCCACACCUUCUUCACACCCACCAUGAACCUCACUUGCCCAGUUCCAACCAGCAUGAGGAAGUGGGAGGAUAUCAUUCAUGUAACUCAGAUCCAAAGAAUUAAAGCCCACCAGCAACCAAUUGUCUCACUGCAGUGUCAAGGAGGGCGUGUUGUGUCUGCAAGCUCUGACCACACAUUAAAGGUGUACAAGCUGGAGAACUGUCUCACCCUCUAUACACUACACGGACACGAGGAUAAAAUUACAGUAUUAUAUCUGGACAAGUUACCACCGUACGCAGCAGCCAGUGGUGAUGCCGAGGGUACAGUCCGCCUUUGGGACCUUCCCACGGGGUCAUGUAUACACAAGGUCAAAUGUCACGAGGGAAACGUUGUGGCCUUGACCUGUACAACUAGAUUUGUGAUAAGCUCCGGACUGGACGAUCUUCUAGUCAUUUGGGACCGGUGUAAAGGAAACAUACUCCACAGCCUCAGUAUGGAUCCAUGUGGUAAUAACAGUCUGUCUCUGCUGAACAACAACCUAUUGGUAACAGGGGGACAGGGGUGCAUACAUCUUUUAGAUGUCAGUAAAGGUGAAAUCCUCCGUACAGUACAUUUAAGUGAUUCAGAGCGGAUGGCGUUUGUGAAUCAGAUAAAGGUUGUUGACAAUACAGUGAUAGUGUGUGAUUACGCCAGCGAGAUGAAAGUUAUACACUUUCCUACAGUACUGGAAAAAGCAGAUUAGGACAGGAUGGUUUCCUACAGUACUGGAGAAAGCAGAUUAGGACAGGAUGGUUCUCUACAGUGCUGAAGAAAGCAGAUUAGGACAGGAUUGCCCUGUUCAUCACUGGAGAAAGCAGAUCAGGACAGGAUGGCCCUGUUCAUCGCUGGAGAAAGCAGAUCGGAAUGGGAUGGUCCUGUUUAGUGCUGGUGAAGGACGAAUCAAACAGGAUAACUCCUUACAGUGUGGGGAAAAGCAAACAAGAACAGGAUGAUUUGGUAGAGUGCUGGAGCAGGCAGAUUAGGUAAGGACCAUUCUGUAGAGGAAAGUCCGGCUAGAACAGGAGGACUAUGGACAGCAAGGGAAAAAGCAUACUAGGACAAGACAAUUCCCUACAUUCUGGGAGGAGGCAGAUUACAGGACAGUUCCAUACAGUGCUGGAGGUGGCAGACCAGUACAGGACAAACAUCUGGUGAAGAUGCAGUGAAAUUUCAUUUCUGCAUUGCAUUACAGAUCCAGGUGUCACACAGCCGCCGGAUGUUACAUAUGCAUCAUAUUAGAGUUCCUUGCAUCACAAGGCAGCGAAAAUCUCUCCUUCCCAUUGUACUGAAGAAUGCUAGCUCUAGUGUCACAUGACGGCUAAAUAUCACCUACCCAUCAAAUUGGAGUUUGAGGCAUUAAAAGGCAGCCAAGUCUCACCUACACAUGAUAUUGGAGAUACUGAUUAUGAUAUAGUCAGAAGGCAGCCAAAUCUCACCUACUUGUCAUAUAUAGAGAAUCGGGCACCGGUAUCACAGAACUUCUCUUACUUUUAGAACAUACAUGUACUACCAUUUUAAACACUAAUUUACUUAAGUUUUGCAUUCCCCCCCCCCCCAAAUGUUUUCGGCUGGUCAUCUACUGUUUUCAUUGAUUGGUAAUCUCUUAAAAUAAAUUCAGAAUUAAUUUGCUCUUCUAGCUAACCUUUGGGGAAAUAUUCUUCCUUAAAUUUAAACUUUUUAUGAAUCAGUUGUCUUGAAGGCAAAUACGUCUCACUUUCUUAUUCUACAUUUAUCUUCUCUAUGCAUCGCAAUUCUCGUAGGGUAUUAUGACUCGAACGAAAUUUAAAAUAUUUGUGUGCUGUUUUAGUAUCAUGUAAGAUAUUAAAUUGAACCCAGAAGUAUUUCAAUUAUAUACAAUUUACUUUAUAUGACAGAGCUUUCAGUGAAGAAUCUUUUUAAUUGACCC